AUGGAUAAUAAUAGUAAUAAUAAUAACAAUUACAAUAAUAAUAACUAUGAUCAAAAAACCUCAGAAUUAUUUUAUCUAGUUUUUCAUAAUAAAUAUUUAUUUAAUAAAAUAUUUCAUUUCAUUCAUUCAGUUGAACUAAUUAAAUACAAUAGUAUAAACGAUAUUCCAGAAAAUAGAAUCAUUUUUAAAAAUAUUAAAUCGGUAAAUUUCCUAUUAAACCAAAAAUUAUAUCAUUUAUUAAAAUGCAAGUUAGAAUCUGAUGAAUAUAUCCAUGUCAAUCAUAGGUAUAAAAUUACAGAAAUGAUGAGUUAUGACAUAGAUUUAGCAAAAGAAAUAUUCAAAUUACUAUUACAAUCAACUUCACUUAGAUAUGAAAGCAAAGAAUCAUGGACAUCACGGAGCCAUAUACACCAAUUAAAUUAUUUUAGUGAGGAUUUUAUUCAAACUGCAGUUAAUGAACCAUUCUCUUUCCCAAUAUUUACAUCAACACUAAAUAUUUAUGAACGCUGUAAAGAUAUAUUCCAACGUGAUAGAGUAUUACAACUAGUUUUAAGCAAUAAAGAAUAUUAUAAUAUACAUAAUAAUAAUAAAAUCGAUAUUAUAGAUAUAGUAUUCAACACAAUAUCAAUAGAGAAUCAAAAUCAAUUAUUAGAUAUGAAAUUAUAUUUUUUGCCUGAUUAUGUUAAGCAAAAUGACAAAAACCAAAUAGAUAAUAUAAUUAAUAAUAAUAAAGAUAUCAAUAGAAUAAUAAAACUAUUAGAGUAUAUUAGAAAAAAUAUCAAAAAGGAUGACGAUGACGAUGAUGACGAUGAUGAUGAUGACGAUAAUGUCGAAAGUUUUCAAUUCAAUUAUUUUUCAAAUAAAGAAUCAAUCCAAUUAGAAAAUUUAAAACUAUUCUGCCAACUAAUUGAAUCAAUACCACCAUGUAAAUAUGAAAUUUAUUCAUUAUGGAAGGAAGUGGUUAAAAGAACAAAAACAACAAUACCAACUGAAAUAAUUACAGACUCUAUUAAAUAUAAUGACAGUUCACGUGACAAUUAUAAGAAAAAUAAAAAAUCACCGGGAAUAACAACAACAUUACUUGUAGUCAGAGAUAAACAAACAGUCGAUUUAAUUUCAGAUAUCUUGAGUUUGUAUGAACAAACAAAAAGUUUCUAUCCCGAAUGCUCUAUGUUAGAUAUUAUGGGCUCUCAUUAUAGUGAUCUACCAAAAAUAAAUAGGAACACCUUCAAAUUCAAUAGUGUUGAAUUAUUUAAAUAUACAGAUAAAAAAAUUUUUAAAUUAUUUAAUUUAAAUAUUUUCAAAGUAACACCCAUACGAACCAAGAAAGCUGUGGAAACUAAACUCAUUGACGAGACUGUUUUGGAAAUACCACUAAAAAAUGCCAUGGAAACAUUUAAUUUAAAAGAAUUAAAAUCAAUAUUCGAACUUACCAAAGAUUAUAGUUUAUCUAGACUAUACUAUUCAUACAAGAAACCAAAUCGACCACUAUCAUAUCAAGAUAUUACACAACUCACUGAAAUCAUCAAACAUUUUAUCAACAUCAAUUGUCCUCAAGGUGUUUAUUAUUGUUUAGAUCUAAUGCCAGAAGGAGAUUAUGAACACACUGAAAAAGAUAACUAUUUAACCAAUUUAUUUAAUAGUUGUGAAGUAUUAACCACCGUAUUCGCAAUUUCAAUCAAACUAUUAUCAGUACACAUCACCAAACUAUUAAUUAACAAAUAUCAUUACAAUGCAGAUGUUGAAAACAAAUUACCAAAUUAUAUCAGUAGCUUUAUAAAUGUUGAAAACCUCAAAACUAACAGAAACCGUCCUAUUCCUUUGUCUUUUUACUGUAACCAUUAUUGUAAUAUUGAUUUUCAAACACAAAGAUAUGAUAAUAUUAAUAUUGAUGAUGUAAUAUCAAUCAUUCAUUUAAUAAUUAAUAGAUCGAAACAACUACAAAAUAAAUCCCAAAAUAGAAAACGACAACGAUCAAUAUCAAAUAUCAAUUAUGAAAAUUAUAUUUUUACUCCAACACCCAAAGUCCAUAUUUAUCAAGGUGAAGCUCUUAAAAUUGUUAUCAACAUAUUAUUCAAAAUAUUAAUUCAAAGUAAAGGUGAAGUACCACUUGAAAAGAUCAAAUCAACUUAUCAAUUCAUAAACAAAUCUGGUGUAACUACAGUUCAACAAUCAACAUUAUUUUCAAUUUACUAUCUUGCAAAUAAAUCAUUAACACUCAUCAAAUAUUUUCUUGGUUUACCAAUCUUUCGCGAUGUUGGCGACCUUUUGGCCUAUAACUGGGAUGGCACUAUUUUUUACUUUAAAACUCGUAAUACAGAGGGAAAUAUAAUUUUUAAUUUAAAUGAUUAUAUAGAUCCAGAAGUAUUUUCAUUCGAAUAUAUAUUUGGUAAUAAUGGUUGUCUUUGUUGUGACAAUGGUGCAUCAUGUAUUGAUAUUAUCGAAAAACUUCAUCAAUAUAUUUUUAACAACUCAUUCACAAUCUUAAAAGAAGCACCUCCUUUCAAAACAAUCACUGGCAUUUAUAUUCAAACUAUAAAAACCUUGUUCUUCUUUCAAAGAUAUGAUUUAUUUUUAAAAUAUUUAGAGGAAUUGGAACUCAUAUACAACAAUUCAGAUGAUAUCAUAAAAAGAUAUCGUUUUAUUAUCAUCUCAAACAUUAUUCAAACUGGUGACCACACCUUAAUCUCCACAGUAUUAAAUGAAUACAGCGAAUAUUGCAUUCUUUCAACUUUAGGAAUCUGCGAUUUAUUAAUAUAUAAUGUCGAAAAUAACACCAAUAUUGGCCAAUCUUUAAUAAAAAACAAAAUUAUUAUUAAUGAAAAGGAUUUUCAUCCAGAUACAGUAUUUGCUCUUCACCAUUUAAUAUUUGACGAUAAAAGCAAAUUUAAAUUCUCAUUUAACAUCAAACCAUACCAAAUACCAUUCAAACUAUAUCAAUUCCUCCUCAACACCUAUCCAAAUAAUACUCUAUUAAAACCAUCGAAAACAAUAAUUGAUCAUGCUAUAAAUAGAGAUAAUAUUGUCUUCCUAAAACAACUCUAUCAAAAUAAUCUUAUCAAUGAUGACAUCGAUAACACCAACAAUGAAUAUAAUCAACUACUAUCCCAUUUAAAACAAAAACUAUCAGAACAUAGAAAAUAA